AUGACACAGGGAGAUCAGCAACGUGUGGGAAAAAUUUCUGCAGUCAACAAAUUGCAAACCAAUCAGCAUAUCUUAUUACGACAGAAAUAUGAAUCAUUGCAGCCUGAUGCUGUGAUGGAUCAUCUCGCAUCCUUUGAUAGGCCUGAUUCAAGGAAGCACUCUGCUAUCGAGGAGCAACAAAACCAAAUCGAGCUGCGUCAACUGUUAGUUACGGAAACGUUUCCUAUCAUAUGCACCGGACAAUCACAACCACAAUCACAGACGCAACAGCCACGAGAUAACACUAAUGAUGACAAGAAUUUAUCUAUGAAUUUUGCUUCUUCGCAUGCUUUACUUCUAAAUGUACGUGAAUCUGAAGCAACGACGGUAAAGGAUGUUGCAUGUCAAUGCGUCCCUCGUAAUGACCAUAUUUACGAGUAUCAAGAUGACUGUGGCAAUUACGGCAAUGUUAUAUCUAGUAGGAAUUACACUAACAACAACAAUUCAGCUAGUAACUCUUUGCGAGCAAACUCGUUAUCACAUAUUAAAGUCAUUGCCCCACGCAAAAGACAAACGGUAACAUUCUCUCCAUCACUGAAUCGCAUGAAACUUUCAAAUGGCUUAGAAAGCGAUACCCGCAAGCAGUGGGGUGUGAUUCUUGGUGAUAAUUCUUUUCUUUCAACGUGGAAAUCUGAUAACAGUAACAAUCAGAAGCCACUCGAAUGUUGCACGACGUAUCUUAAUGCUUCUCUUUCCUCAUCUGAAGACACCAAUGCACUUGCUGCCACUGUUUCCGACAUUGAAGAGCAUGCUACAUCGGAAGAUGUUUCUGCGACUCCCACCAUUGCUAGCAUUAAAACCAAAGCAUGUCAUAUCGCUGUCAGCCCAAUGCAACGUGUAGUUUUAUCUGGAUCACUUAGUGAUUCUCAGUUGGCAAAUAAAACUAGUCCAGCAGCUAAAUCUACUUUUCCAUCUCAUGAAACAAGAUGUAAAGCUGUCGAUGAGCUAAGUCAUAUUACUGCAGAUAUCGCUGCCGAGAAUCCCGACAUGAUCCGUUUUCAACAAGUUCUCAAUUCAUGGAUUAGCGCACAUACUGGUGCGCAGAUAUCAGCAUUUUUGCUCAUUUCUAAAGAAUGUAAUUCCUGUUUCUGCCAGGGUAACGCAGACGUUCUGGGAUCAUUAUUUCACGAGAAUGCACCAUUUCGGGACAAAGAUGACUUAUCUCCACCGCCAUACACGCCUCAUGCGCCAAAUGUUUAUGCUAACAUUGACAUGCUCACUGAAGAACUGCAAAAACGAAUCGGAGUGAUAGUUAAGAAAGGUUUUGGUGAGUACAGUGUGCCCGUGCACCCCCUCAGUGGCACGUUGUUUCUGCUUCAAGCGAGGAAUAACUUUCUGGCUGCUUUGCUUUUAAUUCAUCAAAAUGAAAGUGUGGAUAUCGGCAAUUUAGCACUUCUUCGCACAUUUCCUAUAAGCAAACUUUUAUUAGAUGUCAAGUCGAAGUCAAUGCAUUCGUUUUACAACCAUAAAGUAGAGUCGGAACGAUUGCUUAUCAUUCCUCAUUUACAUCUGAUCGCAACAUUACUUUCGAUAGUUGCAAAUGUUGAAGAGCAAAAGCGAUUAGCAAGACAAUCUGAAUUAUUUCUAACCAUGGCACAGAAUGUGUUUUCUAGUUUACAAGAUAUGAAUUUAUUGGUAAGAAAUAUAACGAAAGAAGCCAAGACUUUGGUGCAUGCUGAAAUAUGUUCAUUAUUCCUUCUGGAACGAGAAAAUUCAGAAUUAGUGGCGGAAGUGUUCGAAAAAAAUGGUUCCAAUGAUGAAUAUUUGACAGAAAUUAGAUUACCUUUGUCUUUGGGAAUUGUGGGACAGGUGGCAACAACUGGUGAAAUGAUGAAUGUUAAAGAAGCUUAUAGUCACCCGGCUUUUUAUCGGAAAGUAGACGAACGAACUGGUUUUGUAACACGAAAUAUAUUAUGUUUUCCGAUCAAGGAUACUUCUGGAAACCUCGUUGGUGUAGCAGAAUUAUGUAACAAAAUUGGUAAGCCAGCAUUUACAAAGCAUGACGAGCAAAUUGCAAUGACAUUCGCUGUGUACUGCGCAAUCAGCAUUUCUCAUUGUCUUUUGUAUAGAAAACUUCAAGAGGCACAUCGGAGAUCACAUUUGGCUGCUGAAUUAUUAGUACAAGGCUCCACAUUGUCGAUUGCACCGGAAGAUUUGUUACGAUUAACCGUAGGUGAUAUACCGACAGCCACCUCAUAUGCUUCAGAUUUCGAUCAUUUCUACUUUUCACCUCGUUCUAUUGGUACCGGCGACACGUACGUUGAAGCUGCCUUAUCUAUUUUUCAGGACUUGGGUUUUGUUCAGCGAUUUCGCUUGCAACGGCGAACUUUGGCGUGUUUCUUGUUAAUGGUACAGAAAAGUUAUCGUGAUGUGCCAUAUCACAAUUGGUCGCAUGCAUUUGCAGUCUCUCACUUUACUUAUUUAUUGUUGCGAACUGAAACGGCUCACAGAGCACUCAGUGAGCUCGAAAAUUUUGCUCUCCUUGUUGCAAGUUUGUGUCACGAUAUCGAUCACCGUGGAACUACCAAUGCAUUCCAAGUACAGUCGCGCACGCCGCUAGCUCAGUUGUACAGCAGUGAAGGUUCCGUUCUAGAAAGGCAUCAUUUUGCUCAAACAAUAUCAAUACUCAAUAUGGAAGAGUGUAACAUAUUUGUGUCAUUAAAUCGAGCACAGUUUCAUUCAGUCCUGGAUCAUAUACGAGAAAUUAUUCUUGCCACAGAUAUAGCUAAUCAUUUACAAAAAGUAGAAGAUAUCAAACGAAUGACUGAAGUUGGUUUUGACUGUACAAUCAAACAUCAUCGAUAUCUACUUCUUUGUCUCAUGAUGACUUCCGCUGACCUUUCUGAUCAAACAAAGGAUUUUAGAAAUAGCAAAGCUAUCGCAGAAAAUAUUUAUAAGGAGUUUUUUUCACAAGGAGAUUUGGAAAAACAAAUGGGUAAUCGUCCAUUAGAAAUGAUGGAUCGUGAUCGUGCUUGUGUACCAAAACUGCAACUUGAAUUUAUGGAUACCAUUGCCGUACCUGUUUUUGAGUAUUUAUCACAGUUAUUACCUGAAAGUAAAAGCACUUAUGAAUCUAUGUUGUUCAAUCGCAAGUGUUGGCAAGCGCUGGGGGAAAUAUUAGCUGAGGAGGAAUAUCCAGCAACAGGUCUGGAAUACCUCAAAGAUAUUGCUCUAGAGGAGCGAGUGAUCGAGCGGGCUCAGCAAUGA